AUUUGGGACUUCGGAACGAAAAGCUGGGCAGGAAUCGGAAGAAAACUGAAGGGAGAGGGAUUCUUUUUUCUCAUUGCUGGGAUCUUCUGGAGCACCUAUCACGAAGCCAGCAAGCACAACAGCUUGUUCCACAGCAUUAUACAUGGGAAUCCUAGACUUCAAGAAAGUCACAUCACGACCAUAGAUAGGCCUGAUUUCUACCCGCCCUCAUACGAAGCCAGCACCGCUCUGGGAAAGCAGACUUUCUCACUGCCAGCCUGCUCACUGGAGCCAAAGAGCUAUGCUUAUAACAUACCUCCACCUUUGUACACAGAAAGCCGCUUCGAAUUCAUUGAAGAAACGGGUGUUCAGGAACAGCAACCACCUUCCUAUGAAGCCUCUGUGCAGCAAGGAGCUACAGGGAACGACCCAACAUUUGGAGAGGCUUCUCAAGCACCUCAACCAUAGAGCAACUGCUAAUAAGAUGGGCUGUCCAAGGACUGGGGAAGAUAAGCCGUAUCUGUUCUUCUGGGACACAGACAAUGUUUAGACAUUGUGUGUAAAGACUUGGUGAGGAGGUGCGGAAAAGACAGUGCGGUUCCAUCACCGGUCACUGGGCACAGAUAAAGGAGCAUUCAGUGGCUGGCAAUCACUGGGCAAUGGGCACAGAUGAGGGAGCAUUCAGAAAGGUUGUGUCAGAAAUAACCUGGUCUUUGUGACCUGGAAUAAGCCAUAGUGUUGCUGGUUUUAGGAAUGAUGAUGAAUUCAGCCCAACAUUGUUGGUUGAUGGAUGGAAACAACUGGAUCUUUUUGAAGAUCUUAUGAUAGUUGUAUUCUGCCUCUAUUAAUCAAUGCUUGCAAUAGCCCGCACUAUCUUCUGAAUAGCAGCAGGCAUGGCAAGAGGCAAUGAGUAAAUGAAGAAAUUGAAAGUUUCAACUUAAGUGAUGAACAUGGGAAAUAUAGAUACAGCAAAGCAAGGUCAAUUACAUUAGCUUUCGUCAACUCAAUGUGUUUCACGUGUUUUGACUUCAACUUCCAUACUCUGUCAGACGUGCACAGUCUUUUGGGAACUAAAGUUCAACACAUCAGAAGAGCACCAGACUGGAGAAGGUUAUGUUACUGUAAAUAUCCUAUUCUUGGCAUUCAUAAGGGAGAUGAAAGGCACUUUCCAAAAUUAAACUCCUAAACUCUUUUAGUGUUCUGCAAGCUUUCCGCUGUACCAAGAGAUGAAGGCAUCCAGCUAAAACGACCAAAGAUUAAGGACUUGAUUUACCAGUUCCUAUUCUACAGUUUGAGUAAAAAACCAACAAAACACCCUUUGAUUUAAACUUUUACCAUUUCAUUGACAUUGGAUUUAAACAAUUUAUCUGACUUGUAGUUUGGCCUUGCUUUGUUUUUUUCCAUGUUUGAAUUAUUGUGGUACUAUUGUACAGUAUCUGGGAUACAGGAAACUAAGUUACAAUGGAGCCCGCGGUGACACAAAAAAUAUGAAGGCAGAGAAUACCCUGGAUAAAAUAGAUUGUAUUCUUAAUUCAGUAUUUAUUCUUUCUAAAAAGAGUAAUUGUAUCACUAUUGCAAUUAAUUAUUUUUCAUUAUGUACCCCUAUUUAAUCAACUUCACUACCUCUCAUUACUUUUGAGGGGAGGGAGUACAAUACAGAUAGCCCAUUGAAAAAAAUAGCCAACUCAAUGUUAGAGGUUUAGGCAAUUUCAGUAAGGUAAUUAGCAUUGGAAUGUCUUCCAUACAUAUACAUUUUAAAAAUAUCUUGGAAUUUUAGCAUCAAUUCUUUUUGUUAUCCCUUAGCAUUACAGGCUGAAAUCUAAUGAAUUACUUAUUAAUAGUUGACAUUUCUUGGUUAUAGCAACUUUUUUUAUUGUGUUCUGGGGCUAACUAGUUUACAUUGUUUAAUGCUGCAUUGUAGUUUUCUUGUAAUAAAGUUUUGUAAUGAAAUA